UGCUGAGUCAACUCGCCAGUCUUUUCCACUGGACCCAAUCCGGACUCCAGAGGUCCUGCUCUCCUACCUCACAAGCUCCUGCUCUCUCCUUUCCUCCCAACGCCUCACAAUACAGAUCUCUUCAAUCACGGAGUAAACCAUCUGUAGGACUGCUUCAGGAUUCGUAUGUCGAUGCUGGCCGAAGAGGUCGAUUCCUCCGUCGGAGCGAACAGUUUGGGUUCUCAAGGAAAAGGAUACAAUCAUAGAAUUUGAAUAGUUGAGCAGUCAUCCGGUUGCCAGAUCUAAGUCAACGCUUGCUUGCUUCGCAUAUACAUCGCCCUGCACGCAGGUCUUCUCCUGUUCUCCUGGAUGCACUGAUUGGUGUUUAAGAAGGAUUGCGUGAUCCGCAUCACCUAUCCAUCUGCUCCGCAACAAGAGCGAGGGAGCUUCUUGAAUCCACCUCUCUGCCACUGCAGGAUCGGAGUAGUUGAGGUUAAUGGUAUUUGCUUGUGCUACGAAACUUCAGAGUUAUUUCAUCUGUGGACGAUUAUUGCAACUCUCUCAGUGGUUACGACCAUAUCUUGAGGGAGAGGAAGUAGCAUGGAUAAUGUGGAGGCGGCAUUCCAUAGGCCAUACAAAUUUCUUAAGGAAAUUACAGGUGGUUUUUCUGAUGAAUGUUUGCUCGGCAGUGGCACAUAUGGAAAGGUUUACAAGGGGAAAGAUAAAGAUGGGCAAGAAAUUGCUGUGAAGCUCCUUAAGUCCAUGGAUCUUGAUGGAAAUGAAUUUGCUAGAGAGUUGAACAACCUUACUAAGCUGAAGCAUCCCAAUAUUGUCCGGUUGGUAGGCUUUUGCGACGAAGAAGAAAAGGUAGUUACAGACUAUAAUGGAAAAAAUAUUAUUGCCACACAGAUGCACAGGGCCCUCUGCCUUGAGUAUCUAAACAAUGGAAGCCUUCAGAAGCACCUAUCUGACGAACAUCAUGUAUUCGAUUGGCAAAAACGGUACAAAAUAAUUAAAGGUGUCUGUAUGGGUCUGAAAUACCUUCAUGAGGAGCUAGAGAGUCCUGUCCACCAUUUGGACCUGAAGCCUGACAAUAUAUUGCUAGAUAGUAAUAUGGAGCCAAAAAUUGCUGAUUUUGGUUUAUGUAGACUCCUUGGUGAAAAAACCAGCAAAAGUACUAUGAGCACUGUGGGAACAUUGGGAUACUGCCCACCAGAAUUCAUAAACAAUCAAAUAAUCUCGAAAGAGUUCGACAUUUUUAGUUUGGGUGUUAUAAUUAUAAAGAUAAUAUGUGGACCAGCAGUCCACUCCCCUGACGAUGGAAUCAGACCAAUCAAAUUUGUUAGGCAGGUGCACAAAAAAUGGAGGGGAAGACUACGAGCAGUACCAGGGCAUGCAUCACUCGAAGCAGACUGCCAACAAGUAAAGAAAUGCAUAGAGAUAGCAUUAAAGUGCACAGACAAGGACAGGCGAAGAAGGCCUAACAUUGGGUACAUCGUCGACCAAUUAGCUGAUACAGAAAUAUAUAAAAAUGACAAAGCAUAUUUGAUGGAUGAGAGCCAGCAGGGACUAGUGAAUACAUUAACGAAAGAACUACCUGCGACCCUUAUGAAGGAAGUUAACGUCAAUUUUGUUCCAGAGAGAGAAUUUGGCCGUUCUGCAUUUGGAACAGAUUACAAGGAAGAGGUUAAACAGGUGGUACAUCAAUCAUCAAAACAGGAAAGGCUGCCAAGAAUUGGGAGUACAUUACCGAAAGACCUACCAGCGACCUUUAUGAAGGAAAUUACCAAUGGUUUCUCUCCUGACCAUGAACUUGGUCGAACUGCUUUUGGAAAAUUUUAUAAGGGGGUUCUUCCAGAAGGGGGGGGGGGCAUGAUUGCUGUGAAGAGGCUUUCUGAAAACGCAUCAGAGCUACAAGGAACGUUUGCAGCUGAGGUUACAAACCUUAUGGGACUUAUGCACGAAAAUAUAGCAGAGCUGGUUCACUACUGCCAUGAAGCGCAUAAGAAUGUAGUUCAGCGUAAUGGGAGAUAUGUGAUCGAAGACGUGAUUGAAAGCUGUCUUUGCUACGAAUAUCUACCCAACGGAAGUCUUGACAACCAUCUUUAUGCAGACACUAUGUCAAUAAUCUGGGACACACGAUUCAAAAUAAUAAGGGGAAUCUGCCAGGGUAUACAUUUCCUUCACAUGGAUUUGGUUAGUGGGCCCCUUGUUCAUAUGAAUCUCGCGCCUAACUCAAUAUGGUUGGAUGAUAACUGGGUGCCAAAGAUUGCUGAUUUUGGUCUCUCAAGACUCUUUGGCCAAGAGCAGACCAGGAUGUACACAGUCAAUGUUAAGGGAUAUAAUGGGUACAUGGCUCCAGAAUAUCUAUACAGAGGUGAAAUCUCCACCAUGUCAGACAUAUAUAGUUUAGGCAUGCUUAUUCUUGAGAUCACGACUGGAGAGAAGAACUGUGGAUAUUCUGAAGACAGAUCUGCAAGAAACUUUGUUACCAAUGUACAUGAAAAUUGGAAAACGAAUGAGCAAAUAAUACACAAGUACCCAUCACUAGAUCCAAAUGGUCUCCAGCAAGUAAGAGCAUGCAUUGUAAUUGGGCUGAAGUGUGUGGAGGCUGAUCGGAACAAAAGGCCUUCCAUAGUUGAUAUUGUUCUUAAGCUCAAUGGGAAACGUGUACCGAUGUUUGAGCAGAUAAGUGAGGGCGAGACAAAACCUUUGUCCAAUGUGCUACUUGACGUUUACCCUGCGCAACUUCGCAUCCCCUUCAAGCCAGACAAAUUAUCCUCAUGUCCAUUGCGACUAACCAACGUUACAGAUGACUACAUCGCUGCUAGACUUCGGGCGAAGAACAAAAGGAGAUACAACUCGGAGAUGCCACUAUAUGCUGUUGUGCCGCCGAGGGCCACUUACACUCUCGUUGUGACAAUGAGAGAGCAGAAGAAUCAGUCUCCGCUGGACACUCACGAAUUGCUUUCGCUGGAGAGCAGAAUCUUUCAUGAGGGUGUGGGCCUAGAGAAUGCCGACCUAGACUCAGCAGCCAUCUCAUUUAGCAACUCUUUUAAGGAAUCCAAAGAGUUACGGGCUCAUAAGCAGGAGCAUGAGAUGACGUUGAGUGUUGCUUUUUACUCGCCUGAAGAGGCAACUCCUGAUCGAAAUCUAUGGCAGCCGUUCUGGUGUGGAAUCGAGAUCAUACCCAAUAAGAAUUUUUCAGAGGUGAUGUCCGUGGACUUGCAUCCGACGGAGCCAUGGAUUUUGACGAGCCAUAAAGGGGGCGACAUUUUCAUUUGGGACUACAAGGAACUGGAAAUAGAGAGCAGAUUCGACUUCACACAAAGACCAGUUUAUUCAGCUAAAUUCAUUGAACGAAAAGAAUGGUUUGUGGCUGGUGAUGGUGAUGGGUUUAUCUAUGUGUACAACUACGAGACAGAUGAGAAGGUCACAAGCAUCGAAGCUCAUGAGGAUAAAAUCACGUCCUUGGCCGUGCAUCCCUCUGAUCCUAUUGUGAUUUCAUCAUCCGACGACCACCUGAUAAAGCUUUGGAACUGGGAGAAAGGCUGGGAGUGUGCUCGAAUAUUUGAGGGGCAUUCUGACAGAGUAACGCAAGUAAACAUUAACCCCAUAAAUCCCAACAGUUUCGCCAGUGCUUCCGCGGACUGCACCAUCAAGAUCUGGAAUAUUGUAUCUUCUGAGAGCAAAAUAACUUUAUCGUCCGAACAUCAAGACAGACUGCUUUGUGUUCAAAACUACACAAGUUAUAUUCAUCAGUAUUUGAUUACCGGCUCUUGUGAUGGGACUGCACAUAUAUGGGACUUGGAGACAGAAACAUGUGUUCAGACACUCAAAGGGCACACGAACCGUAUUGGUUCUGUCUACCGUCAUCCAGAGAUCCCGGUACUAAUCACAGGUUCGCAUGAUGGAACUGUGCGUCUAUGGGACUGCCAUACGUACAGGCUUGAAAAUAUUAUUGGAGUUAAUCUUGGUGCAGUUUAUGCUUUCGAAUAUAUAAAAGGCUCCAGAAGGAUUGUCAUCGCUUGCCACCAAGGAAUUGCAAUUAUGGAAAUGAAUUAGGAUGUUGUCACCAAGAGCUUCACUCAUGCAAAGGAUAACACAGAUAAAAUCCUAAGAAAAAAGAAAUGCAAUUCGAUUGACAUGAUACGUGUUGAGUUGUGCUGCCUAAGUGUACGGUAAAUGCAUGCUGGGGGCCUUUGUCCUACUUGUUACGGUUGGUCAUGUGUGGGAUAAGAAUAUUAUUGUGCACAUUGUAUGAUUCUGGAUCCUUGAACCAUUGUGUGAUAUAUAUAUUUCCUACUGUUGGUACUGUUCUA